AAUCCCUUCUGAUAGUAGAAGGAAUUGAUUUUAUUCUAAAUGUCCAGGUGCAAACAAUAAGUAUGGUUUUGAAAAUUUUCGCGUUAUUUUUAUUAAUUUUUGUUCAAACAUCUUUUGGUAAAUAUGAACAAUAUCAGGGAUACACGGUCUACGGGGUUGUUAUCCGCAACCAGGAUGAUAUUAAUUUUAUACAAAGGCUUCAAAGUGAAUUAGAUCUAGACAUCUGGCGUGCAGGCAUGCCUGGGGCUAGACACGCUGAUAUCAUGGUCGGACCUAAGCAGAGGGAAAUGUUCGUUAAACAUUUACAUGCGCAAGGGAUGGAGUAUUAUAUUCGUGAGGGGAACGUUGCCAGCAAGAUUAAAAAUUUUGAUGAAGAUCUCAUAAAGUGGACAAAAAGUCGCCAAAAUGUGGAAGUUUACAAUAAAUAUGCGAGAGUAGCAGAGAUUGAUGCGUAUAUGGAGAGAUUGGCGCGGGAAUAUCCCAAUAUUGCAAAAGUGGUGACAGCUGGAUUGAGCUUUGAAGGUCGCCCAGUGAAAUAUUUAAAGAUAUCAACCACGAACUUCGAAGAUCCAAGCAAGCCCAUAUACUUCAUGGACGCGACGAUGCAUGCCAGAGAAUGGGUAACUACUCCCGUAGCGUUGUAUACCAUGCAUCGUUUGGUUGAAAGUUUGCGGGAUGAAGAUAGAGAUUUGAGGGAUAAUGUUGACUGGAUCAUACUGCCUGUUUACAACCCAGAUGGAUAUGAAUAUUCUCAUACUGAUGAACGCAUGUGGCGCGCAAGCCGCUCAUUUAACCCAGAGAUCCACGAGGAAUGCCGCGGUGUGGACCUCAACCGUAACUUUGACAUCUUCUUCAUGGAGAUCAAUGCUUCCAGCAACCCUUGCUCCAGCCUCUACGCUGGUCCUUACCCCUUCUCUGAAAUCGAAAACAGACACGCUAGAGACAUACUUCACUCGCACUUGGACCGUAUUCAGAUCUAUUUGAAUAUUCACAGUUAUGGAAGCUAUAUACUGUACGGGUUCGAUAAUGCUACAUUGCCAGCAAAUGUGGCUCAAAUUCAUACGGUUGGAGCUGCAAUGGGAGCUCAUAUAGAUGGGAGUAAACUGCCUAAUAUGUACGAUUAUUUGAUUGGUAAUAGCAGAUUUGUUCUAUACCCCGCUUCGGGUACUUCUCAGGAUUAUGCUCAGGACAUUGGUGUACCCUUCUCUUUCACAUUGGAGUUGCCAGAUAUGAAUGAAUAUGGGUUUCUAGUACCUCCGCAGUACAUACCUCAAAUAAACUCAGAAACGUGGGCUGGUAUAGCGGAGUCAGCACGACUUGCUUCAAUAUUUUAUAGAGCUAGACGUUGAACUGUUAUAAAUAUAUUUUUUAUUAUAAUAA